GACGCUGUACAAGGAUUAGGAAAUUUGGUAAGGAAGAAUGUUGAUGAGCUAACGGCAUCUGAAAUACUCGCCUUGCAAAUCGCCCUGGACAGACUGGAGGAAGAUGACGGCGAGAGUGGAUACCAGAAAAUAGCCAGCUACCACGGCGCUCCAGCCCAGUGCACCGGCAAGAACGGCCAACCCCAGGCUUGCUGCGUCCACGGAAUGCCCACUUUCCCUCAAUGGCACCGUCUCUACAUGGUGCAGAUGGAAAGGGCGCUCCAGCAGAAGGGAUCCACAAUCGGAAUCCCCUUCUGGGAUUGGACACAGCCGCUCAAGAGUCUACCCAGCCUGGUGGAUGAUCCCAUCUUCAUCAACCCUCGGGGUGGCAAGGCCAAAUCGAACGCGUGGCACAACGCGGCAGUGAAACACGCCAACACACACACCGCUCGGGCCGUCGAUGACCGUCUGUUUGAGAAGGUGUCAGCGGGAGAGAACACCCACCUCUUUGAGGUGGUCCUGGACGCUCUGGAGGAAGACGACUACUGUGACUUUGAGCCUCAGUUUGAGAUUGCGCACAACACCAUCCACUACUUGACCGGCGGUAGAUACAAGUAUUCCAUGUCGAGCCUGGAAUACACGUCAUACGAUCCCAUCUUCUUCCUGCACCACUCCAACGUAGACCGUCUCCUGGUGAUCUGGCAGGAACUGCAGAAGCUGAGAAACAAACCUUCCGAUCAUUCCAACUGUGCCCUGAACAGGUUCAGCGAAAAGAUGGAACCCUUCAGCCGGGACAGCAACCCCAUCGCCGUCACCAAGCAGAACGCCGCUGCCAAGGAUACGUUUGACUACAGCAAAUUCGGCUACAGUUACUCCGACCUUCACCUUAACGGUAGGACGAUCGUAGAACUGAAAGCACUCUUGGACGAGCGUAGUGCCUCAGAGCGAUUCUACGCCAGCUUCCGCCUACACGGCCUCGGCACGUCAGCUAACGUCGCCGUCCACGUGUGCCACCCUGCCAGCGACAGCAAAUCGGGCGACCACUGCAAGUUCGCCGGAGACUUCUUUGCCCUCGGUGGUCCCAGUGAGAUGCCAUGGAAAUUCCGUCGACCGUAUAAAUUCGACGUCACCAAGACGCUGCAUAGCUUUGGCUUGGAUCAUAGCGAACCUUUCUACGUCAAAGCCUUCCUGUCAUCCGUUAACGGAACCGCUCUGGAAGCGUCUCUGCUGCCGAAACCAAGUCUUUACCACAAGCUAGCCAGUGGACAACAUGAUCCAACUCCACGUAAAGCUGAUGCUUCCAAAGUAGUGGUGAGGAAAAACAUCAACCGUCUGACUUCCGAGGAGACGUAUGAGCUUCGUCGUGCCAUGGAACGUCUUCAAGAAGACAAGUCGGUCGACGGAUACCAGGCCAUCGCCGAGUACCACGGUCUGCCAGCACGAUGCCCAUUCCCAGACGCCAAGAACAGGAUGGCCUGUUGCAUACAUGGAAUGCCCACCUUCCCACAUUGGCACAGACUGUUCAUGACACAGAUUGAAGAUGCUCUCAUUCGUCGUGGAUCACCUAUUGGUAUACCAUACUGGGAUUGGGUACGUCCACAAUCAGCACUGCCGUCUCUAGCAGCCGAAGCUAACUAUGAAGAUCCAAAAGAAAAGAAAGACAAACACAACCCAUUCUACAGCGCUGCCGUGGCUUUCGAGGGCGGCACCACGUCACGCUCCAUCGACUCGAGGCUCUUCGAAGCUCCCAAAUUCGGCGACCACACCUACCUGUUCGACGGAAUGCUGUUGGCCUUAGAACAAGACGACUUCUGCGAUUUCGAAAUCCAGUUCGAGAUCAUACACAACGCUAUCCACGCGUGGGUGGGCGGUAGCGAACAGUAUGCCAUGUCUACUCUCCACUACACAGCAUUCGACCCGAUCUUCUACCUGCACCACUCGAACGUGGAUCGUCUGUGGGCCAUCUGGCAAGCGCUGCAGAUCAAACGGGGCAAGCCGUACAAGGCUCACUGCGCCAAGUCCUACACCCACCAGCCUCUGAAGCCUUUUGCUUUCGAGUCGCCACUGAACAACAACGAAAAGACGAAGAGGAACGCUGUGCCCACCAACAUCUACGACUACGAAAAUGUGCUCGGAUACACGUACGACUCGCUCGAGUUUGGCGGGAUGAGCAUUGACGAGUUGGACCACUACAUCGAGGCCCAGAAGAGGACAGACUGAACAUUUGCAGGCUUCAUUCUCGCUGGGAUCAAGACCUCGGCUAACGUCCAGGUGUUCAUUAAGAAAGAAGGACGCGAUGCGUACGAAGUUGGGACGUUUGCAGUUCUCGGAGGAUCAAAGGAGAUGGAGUGGGCAUUCGACAGACAAUACUGGAUGGACAUCACGGAUGGUCUGGAGGCACUUAAACUUAGCCACAAUGACCACUUCCAUAUUGAACACGCCAUAACAUGCGUCAGUGGUGAAAAACUGGAUAGCAGCCUUAUUCCUGCAGCAAGUGUUAUGUUCAAACCAGCAUUAACUCACUCUGACGAAAAGCACGAACACACCAUUGUCAGAAAGAACGUGAACCAUCUUACGCGAGAAGAAACCUUUGAACUAAGAAAGGCUCUGGUGAAACUCCAGAAGGACGAAUCAGCAGGUGGAUUUGAACAGAUCGGCGCCUUCCACGGAGAACCCAAGUGGUGUCCCAGACCAAAUGCCGAAAAGAAGUUCGCAUGCUGCGUGCACGGAAUGGCCACUUUCCCUCACUGGCACAGACUUAUCACUGUUCAGUUUGAGAAUGCUCUGAGAAACCAUGACUACAAUGGAGCCCUGCCCUACUGGGACUGGACCAUACCACACACAGCUCUGCCAGCUCUUGCCUGUAACAAGACCUAUGUCCAUCCUGACAGCGGCGAAACCGUCCCUAACCCAUGGGAGCACGGACACAUUAGCCUUGUUGGUGCAGAUACAACACGAGACGUUCAAAGCGAUCUCUUUGAAAAGCCAUCCUUUGGCGAGUAUUCUCCGGUCGCCCAACAGGUCCUUCUAGCACUGGAACAAGACGAUUUCUGUACCUUUGAAGUGCACUAUGAAAUUGCUCACAACCUUAUACACGCUUUGGUUGGCGGUUCUGGGCAAUAUUCCAUGGCUUCACUCAGGUACACUGCAUUUGAUCCCAUCUUUUACCUCCACCACUCUAACGUCGACAGAAUAUGGGCCAUCUGGCAGGCACUGCAGAAAUACCGAGGUAAAGCCUACAACUCGGCGAACUGUGCUUUGACCGAAAUGAGGAAGCCUAUGCAACCAUUUGGACUGGACAGUUCUGUCAACCCUGACGCGAAGACCCGAGACCACGCCGUACCUCUUAAUGCCUUUAACUACAAGAGUGCGUUUGGUUAUGAAUACGACAAUCUCGAGUUUAAUGGCUUGUCCAUCCCACAGUUGGCAAGGGAAUUGGACAGAAGGAGGUCAAAGGACAGGCUGUUUGCUGGAUUCCUUCUACAUGGUAUAAAGAAGUCUGCUCUCGUUAACUUCUACGUCUGCAAGGACAGCAACUGUGACAACUUAGUUGGCAAUUUCUACAUUCUGGGCAGUGAGAAUGAGAUGCCUUGGAAUUACGAUCGACUCUACAAAUAUGAGAUCACAGAGGCUUUACACAAGCUGGGCCUGCGUCACACAGAUCGAAUCUCUAUACGCUAUGAUAUCAUAGAUCUCACUGGAGAGAAUCUUGGCUCUAAGGAGUUUGGAACAGCAUCCGUUUUACGAGAACCUGGAAGUG